AUGUUUACAGGACGCACGUCGCCGUUCAGCGAAGCUGAAAAGACAUUUGUAGAGCUGCUCAACACAGAGGACCUGGACAACAAGAUCUGGGUUGAUGAGGAGCUCAGAGCGCAUGGCAGUGAAGUGGAAUUGGCUGUGCAGUCUGCCAUAGAGCAGGCCUACUCCACUGGGUGUGAUGGAGGCGCACAGGCAGCCCACCUGUUUCUGCAGCGUAUAUUGUACAGGAUCAAUCGCAUGGUUCUGUUUUGGUAUGAUGACCUGCGGAACUACAGCAAUGAGCGGAGCAUCUACCUGGCAAAGCUGCGCGACACCAUCGAAGAACCCUGGCAGAAAUGGGAGCUAAAUCAUGUGGACCCCGCCAUCAACAGCCAGCUCACACCUUCACAGGUGCAAGACCAGUUGAGGGAGCGUGCAGCGUAUGAUGUGGACCCGGAGCUGAGCCCGGCCGCGCAGUACAUGCGCAGCAGCAUGGGAGUGGCAGGCUACAAGCAUUUGCUGGCUGUGGCGUCUGUGGAUGGUUUGGUGGAGGCGAGUCGGCAGAGCCGGGUGUGUGGCGGCGCGGCCAACGAGGUCAUGUGCGCUGUCUUCAGAGUCCUCAUGGAGGAGUAUGGGACGGGGCGGUAUGCGAAGAAGCACUCGACCUUUUUCGCGACAAUGAUGGAUGAGCUGGGGUUGUGCACGCAACCAGAGCACUACUUUGGGCUGGUGCCCUGGCAGAGCCUGGCUGCCAUGAACCACAACUUUCUGCUGACAGAGCGCCGCCGGCACUACCUCCGCUACCUUGGGGGCCUCACCUUCUUCGAGGUGAAUGGGCCUAGUGUAUACCGCUCAUACCUGGCCGCAGCUCAGAACCUGGGCCUGAGCGAUGCUGCCUCCGGUUACUGGGAGUUGCACAUAAAGGAGGACGAGCGCCACGGACGCCAAAUGGUGGAUGACGUGGCAUUGCCCCUCGUGGACAUGUACCCAAAGGAUGCUUGGGAGGUGCUGCUGGGCUAUGUCCAGGAGCGCAUGAUGGGCGAAAGGGCCGGGGCUGCCCUGUUGGAAGACAUCAAGGCCGUGGAUGCCCAGGCUGAGCAGUAG